AUUCGUGCAGCUUUGCAAAAGCAUCUCAACGGCUAAUCAUCAGACAGCAGCUGCCAGGCAGGUGUCAGGCUUCUCUUUUCUUUUUUGAUUUGAUCUCUCUCUCUUUUAAUAUAUUUCUUUUCAGAGGGUGGGCUCUGGCUUCCCUCUGGAACUGGCUCCUUAGAAGUGCAUCUGCCUGAGGAAUUCUGGGCUCAGGAGGAUUUUUUUUUUAACACCUUUUCUUAGGGUCUUAUUAAAAAUAAGAAAGGUGCUAGAAUGGAAAAGGAGAGCAGGACACCUACCAGGUAUGGAUCAUUGGAGUCAACCAAGUGGACAGCUGCAGACCCAGCCAAAGAAGAAAUUGUUUCCAUGGCUGAUUCGACUACAACCGUGGGUGACAUAGAAGGGGAGCUCUUUAAAAUCGAGAGGAUCAGAGAGGUCCUGGUGAGAAGAGAGUCAGAGCUGAGAUACAUGAUGGAUGACAUUCAGCUUUGCAAAGAAAUCAGUCGGCUGAAGAAGGAGCUCCAGAAACUCAUCGCACUCCCAGAGAAAGAGAAGUCCAACGAGGAGAAGCAGAGGGAGGAGGAGCUGGUGCAGCAGAUACACAAGCUGGUGGAAACCCGGGAUUUCCUGGUGGACGACGUGGAAUUUGAAAGACUGAGCCAUGCUCCUGGUUUUCUCAUGUGCACAAUGCUCCUGCCUGGCCCGGCGGCGCAGGAUGGAAGAGAAAAAGAAGAAGACAAGGAAAUGGCUGAAUUCCUGCAAACAAAGCUCUCCAAAAGCUGCCUCCAGAAAGCAACCCCUGUCAAAGAGAAGAAGAUGAUGUCCAGAGGGCAGCAAACCUCCACACCGUACGUGACCAAAACAGGCCUCACCCUGCUCAAGGAAUGCUGCGGUUUCACCUGUUCCAUUAUGUAGACUCUCUCCCAGGCCUCCUCUGCACAGGACAAGAUCAUGGCAGGCCUCCAGGCAGAGUCUGUGGCUCCUGACAGCUUCAACCUCCCUUCAUUGCUCAUGCUUCCCACAGCAGCACAAAGACGGAAGGACAUUUCCAAGCAGGCCGGUGCAAGCUUGGACGUUGGCUUGUUUUCUUGAUGCCACUUAAGUGGGAGUUGCCUUCAUGACAUUAAAAACAAAUUCCAUCUGA